AUGACCAGCAGUGAACUAGGGGCUUGGUCCUCUUUCCAGCCUGAACAGAUCAAGGUCGAUUACCCAAGCGAGGAACCAUUGGGCCCUGAAGAUGCCGGCAAUUUCUUCGAGGCCGACUUCCUCCGCGCACGUAUCCAGAUCACGAUGAUGAAGGCAGAAGCCGACGUUUUCAUUGAUGCGUGGCAGUCUAUCAGAGACGACAUCCCUCACUUUGAGAGGCGAGCACGGCCCAUUCUGCUGAAGCUGGAGUCUUGGAAGAAGGAGCUACCGGCAUGUAUGUCGUUUGACUGCGAGUUGGGAAUGCCAGACGCCAUGGCGCAGAUGACGAACAUGAGGUCUCUUGCCUCGCUUUACCUACGAUGCAAUCAUUGCUUCAUUCUACUUCUUCGCCCCUUCUUCCUGAGGCAGAUCACCCAUAUCAUGUCCAAUGAAGCUGGAAACGCAUCUCGAGAAAGCCUGGAGGCUUUCAGUGACCGGUGUCUCCGGGCCGCCCGAACGAAUGUAUGCAUUAUGAUCGGCCUAUGGCACAGAGAAAGAGUCGCCAAAUUCGGGUUCUGGGAUAGCAUCCAUCUAUUCUCAGGCCUUACGAUUCUCUCCCUAGCCAUGACGGUGAACAAGCGGCGGACGGCGAGCUUCGACGAAAAGGAAAGCGAUUUCGAAACGUACUCGACGGGCAAGAACGUACUGAAUUACAUGAUGCGGGCGGGGAACCUCGCAAGCAAAGGCCACGAAAAGAUGCUGAUGGAGAUAGAACAAAUGGAACAAGUUCUUGGGACGAGGCAGACCGAGGGCUUCGAGCCGCUCAUGGAGCAGUGGGACAUGGAUGAAUGGAUGGCACAAGUGAUGGGCUACGACCCAUCUACCUCCUCAUUCGUUUUGAAUGAGUUUGAGUAA